AUGGCAGACCCAUUCCACCUACAGCCCGUGAUAUCUGAUCGCUCGCCGAGCGCCGAUCUGCUCGACUUCGACAGCGAACCAAAACAAGGCUUCAUUGCGUCUGCCGCUUCGUCCAUCACAUCGCGAGCAAAUCCGCCCCCUACUGGGACGCAGCCAAAUGAGGAGAGGAAGAUCAGAUGCAUAGAAGGGUAUGAACAUAACAUCUAUGUCGGAGUCUCGGAUGGCACAGUUGAGUGGUGGGUGUGUGAAGGAGCGGCGCAUUCCGAGACGAACGGCUGGACGAUGCGUCGUAAACAGACCCUGUUUCCAAGGAGACCGGUCAGCAAGAUGUAUCUAUUGCCCAAUGUGUCCAAGAUCCUGGUCAUCUCAGACGGCACCAUGCACACCUUAUCCCUACCUGACCUGGCCCAAAUACCAUCGAAUGUGAUACCACCCAUGAGGGGUGUCAUGUCUGUCAUACUCAAUGACGAUGAGCUCGAUUGGCGGCCCGGGUCAGAAGAAAGGACCGACAUGACUGUAGUCACCGUCAGACGGCAUGGCCUGGGGAUAUAUAAGCUGGGCCACAAAUUUCAAGCCAUCAAAGAAAUACCUCUUCCAUCUAUUCCAACCCACCACGCCAUCUUCCAAACAUAUCUCUGUUGCGCUCUCUACCCUCCAUCCGAAGACGAUGACCCACCGGAACUGACCAACUGUGUCAUUGACCUGUCGGAUGCCUCUCUUACUCCGGUGGCGCCGGUAGAUCGGUCUUCCAAUGGUGCUGAGCAAGAAAAGAAGAAUGCCAACAUAGUGGUCAUACCCGGUGAAGACGAGUUCCUGGUGACGAGCUACAGCGGAUUUUCGACUCUGGGUCUAUUCUUGAAUGGACAGGGGGAUCCAGUGAGGGGAACAAUAGAAUGGGAGUCCCAUCCACUGUCGAUCGCCGUUGAAUCUGGCUGGAUCAUUGCCCUUUUGUCCAACCAGACAAUAUCAAUCCACGCCCUAGAUGACCCCACCACCCCCACACAAGUCAUCCCUAUUCCACAACCUGCCAACGCCAUCAAUCUCAGUUACUCGCCUUAUGGUGUACGAGUGCAAGAUCUGCUCACGGGAGAGAGGCUCAAAACAGUCAAGUCGCGAUUCCUCGCAGGCAGGCUUGUUUCCAACAAGGAAGAAGCUGGGGAUCCGCCAGAAGAGGAAGGGGACGUGGACAAUGAAGAUCCGCCCUCGGGGUCUGGUCUUACCCCGCCGUCUUCGCCUCCACGGCCAAAGAGGCCAAGCGACAUACCAUUUCUGACGACCACAUCCGAGACCUUUGUCGUCACCCCUUUCUGCAUCUACUCUCUCACUCUAACACCGCCAGUAUUGGCCAUGGAGCGUCUUUGUGAAGAACACAAACUCGUCGACGCCAUCGCAUUCCUUGACGAAUAUCGCCGUCAAAAUCGAAAAGGCAUCCUCGCCCCACCUUCGCCGGUAGACCAGAUCAGCACAUCCUUACUCGUGCGAUAUCUCAGUUCAUUUCUUGCGUCGCAUUUAACGCAAGAUGCGAGCUUUGAGAAAGCUGGAGCCCUUUGGGUAAAGGGCAAGGUGGAUCCGAGAUGGAUUGUGAGGCUAUUUGAGGGACUGCGGGGGAAGGUGAUUGGGCUGGAAGAAGAAGGAGAGGUAUGGCAGGGGUUGAAAGAAGCGUGGUCUGGCCUGGCCUCUACGGAUGAGAUGAUACGUGUAUCUAUCAAGAAAAAUUACUCGCCACACCUUCCACCGUCGACAUCUGCUUCUCCGGCUUCGGCAGAUCUACGAAGAGCCCUGGAAGGAGAUGCGAAUGUGAUGCUACUAGAAGUCUUACGCAAAACACGCGCAUCCAGGCGUAAAGGGGGUGGGAUCAGGGGCGUAGACGGGCGAAAGAUCGAUGUCGUGAUCGACACCGUACUGGCAAAGCUGCUCACCCUCCCACUCCCUUCUGGAAGCAAUCACAUCGACGAGCUUCUCGUUCUCUUGUCAUCACCCAACGACGUAGUCCUUUCUGAGCUUGAACCCUUCUUGGAAGAGCGCAAGUAUAUUCUCGCCAAAGUGAUGCGGCAGGAGGGCAAGUUAGGGAAAGUUCUGGACAUUCUACAAGAAAUGGUAGAGCAAGAUCACGGCGAUCCUCUUUGCUCUGAUCCCCUUGAAGAGUUUGCGAGCACGCUUGAAGGUAUAGAAUGCGCGGAAGAGUGGGAAAAGAGGGUUAUGUGGCUUGUGACCAAGCGUCCUGAGAGAGCGCUUGACGUACUAAUCAACCAUCCCCCGCCAUCCCUCUCCCCGACCGACAUCUUACCUAGCCUCGCAGCUGUAGAUGCGCAAGUUCACAGAACCUACUUGGAACACAUUGUCGUCACAAAACGCUCUCCCUCCCGUCCUCUACACCAACAACUGCUAGACCUCAUGCUUGACGAGGCUUCCACCCUGGUGCAGGACGAUGGAAUCAAGUACCAUCUCUCCGACUUGGAUGACGAGUACAGGAAGGAAGGACUCCUUCAGGCUCAAAGUAAGGGGAGGAAGGACGGGAAAGAGAGGGAAACGUUCAUCCAUUUCUUGGCUCGGCUAGCGCCAGACACCCCAAUCAAACGAUUGAGACUCAAGCUGGCAUUCUUGCUGCAGGGCUCACCAUUUUAUGAUGUGAAAAGGACUGAAGAUCGGCUCGAAGGUAUCGCAGAGCUGGGCUGGGAGCGGGCAAUCGUGCUUGGCAAGCUAAGACAACACGACACGGCCCUGCGACUUUUGGCUCUCACCCUCGCCGACCCUCUCACUGCCCAGACUUAUGCCACCACCUCUGGUAUCGAGAUACUUUCUCCACGCCUGGCCAAGGAGAUUGCAAGUAUCAGCAAUAUCGGAGGGCUGGAACACUGGGCGACGUUGGGUGAAGUAGGAAGGAAGAGGAAGGGGAAAGUCGAGGUAGGAGAUGGAGAAGUCAGGAAGUUGUUGGAUGUCUAUAUGGCUGAUGGUACCCCGCCAUCGUUGCAGUCCGCCUCUCUCCUACUGGCUACCCUCCCGACUCUACCACCCCUCGACCCGAUUCUCCCAUCUAUGCCUUCCGAUUGGCCUCUUGAUCUCGUCUCACCUUUUUUUGUCCGUUCAUUGAAGAAAGGGGAGGAGAGGAGGUGGGAGGCGUUGGUCAGGAAGAAUAUCGCGAGGGGAGAGUAUGAAGGGGUCGAAGAAAGAUGGUUGGAGGAGGUCAGAAAAAUGAAGCCUGUCAUACAGGGGAGAUCGCUCGACCGCGGGCGCGAAGAGAAAUCAGAGAUCGACGAGAAGGGAGAGUAUGACGAAAAAGAAGGAUAUGUCGUGGACGAGCCACAAGGCAGGGUGCUCGACGAGAAACUGCAACUGCCAUUUGAGACUGUAGUGGGUGAGACGAACGAUUUACGUGAGACGAACUAUAGACGAUUAUAA